GGUGACACCUGUGUCACUGUUGGUGCUUAAGGGCUAAGACGUCACAAAACAGGUGCAGUUUACGAUGACUCUCCAACAGUUUGUGCGCUGUUUCAUUGUGGUGAUCAUUUUCUUAUGCAAAGCAUGUAGCAGCAGGGCUGUGAACAGCAGCAGCAUCACAGAAGGUCAUGAUGCAGCAUCAGGAAGCUGGCCCUCAUAUGCUGCUGUAGUUAUAGUUGGAUUUCAAUUUGGUGCGUCCUUAAUCAACGAGCAGUGGGUGCUGACAGCUGCAUCUUUCAUUCCACUUGACACAUUGACACGGUGGGAUCCAACAGUCUAUCUGGGAGGCUACAGCCUGUCAGGUUCAAACCCAAAUGAAGUGAAUCGGACUCUGGAGAAGAUUAUCUGCCAUCCUGAAUUCGACUUUGCAACUCUCAAGAACGACAUUUGUCUUCUGAAGCUGUCGGCUCCUGUGAAUUUCACAGACCACAUUCAGCCGACCUGCUUAGCCUCAGAAAACAGCACUUACAACAAUGAGACCAGCAGCUGGGUCAUUGGUUUGGGUUAUAAUAGUGAUGGUACAUUCACCAAAACCCUGCAGGAGGCCAAAGUACCAAUCGUGGGAAACAAUGAGUGCAAAGGCAUCUUUCAAGGGAGCUAUCCCAAGAUCACAGAGAACAUGAUCUGUGCUGGAGACAAGGAUUCAUGCUUGUUUACUUAUGGAGCACCACUCAUGACCAAAAGUGGAUCAGUCUGGCUCCAGAGUGGAGUUCUGAGUGUCAGUGCGUGUGAUGCAUUUCCUUCAGUGUUCACUCGUGUGUCCCAGUACCAGAAAUGGAUCAGCGACACAGUUAGAGGGACACAACCAGGCUUUGUUACCUUCACCUCCCCAGACAGUUCAUCACCAACCACUACUGCCCCCGAUGUGUGACAGUGUGUUGCAGUGGUGAAAACCUGACCCACCGCACUCUGUGUUCUCGUUGUGUUGCUCCAUGUGUUUGCUGGAACUGUUGGAAAGUAGAUCAACACAUUUACUCAAGUUCAAGUACAAACAUGAAGUACUUUACCUGACAUAUUGCUUUACAACUUUAAGAACCUUUUAUUCCACUGUAUUUACGGACAUCAGGAGGGUUUUUUUUUUUACUAGCAAUUUGAUUAUUUUUAAUUCGAUUUUUUUUUAGUUUGUCUGUAUUUGCUAUACUUUCUUUAAAUUACUUUAAUGACCCAAUGAAUUGUCAUUAAGAAAUCAAAGCAUUCUUAAAUUAGUUAAGUGAAAUGUUAAGGGUGUCACGUUUUCACACUUGCGUUGUUUGCUCAAAAUCAUAUGCAAAUUAAUUAAAAUCUUUU